UGCGACCCGGAGCCGCCCGGACGGACGGAGCCCACGGCGGCCGGGGCAGGCAGCCGCAGACCACCCGAGCCGAGCCCCGGAGCCGAGCCCCGGAGCCAUGGCCCUGAGCGACCUGGCACUGCUCCGCUGGCUGCAGGAGAGCCGUCACUCGCGGAAGCUCAUCCUGUUCAUCGUGUUCCUCGCGCUGCUGCUGGACAACAUGCUGCUCACCGUCGUGGUCCCCAUCAUCCCAAGUUACUUGUACAGCAUCGAGCAUGAGAAAGAUGCUAUAGAAAUCCAGACUGCCAAGCCAGUGCUCAAAGCCUCCACCGUCGGCGGCUUCCAGAACAUCUUCUCCUAUUAUGACAACUCCACCGUGGUUGCCGGCAAUAGCACCGGCCACCUUCAGGGGGCGCUGCUGCAUGAGGCCACCACGCAGCACACAGUGACUAACAGGUCCACCGCCCCUUCCGACUGUCCCAGUGGAGACAAAGACCUCCUGAAUGAGAACGUGCAGGUCGGCCUGUUGUUUGCCUCGAAAGCCACCGUCCAGCUCCUCACCAACCCGUUCAUAGGACUGUUGACCAACAGAAUUGGCUAUCCAAUCCCAAUGUUCACAGGCUUCUGCAUCAUGUUUAUCUCAACAGUUAUGUUCGCCUUCUCCCGCAGUUACGUCUUCCUGCUGAUCGCCAGGUCCCUGCAGGGCAUCGGCUCCUCCUGCUCUUCUGUAGCUGGGAUGGGCAUGCUGGCCAGCGUGUACACAGAUGACGAGGAGAGAGGCAAUGCCAUGGGGAUUGCCCUGGGAGGCCUGGCCAUGGGGGUCUUAGUGGGCCCCCCCUUUGGGAGUGUGCUGUACGAGUUUGUGGGGAAGACAGCUCCGUUCCUGGUGCUGGCUGCCCUGGUGCUCUUGGAUGGAGCCAUUCAGCUGUUCGUGCUCCAGCCAUCCCGGGUGCAGCCGGAGAGCCAGAAGGGGACGCCGCUAACCACCCUGCUGAAGGACCCGUACAUCCUCAUCGCCGCAGGGUCCAUCUGCUUUGCAAACAUGGGGAUUGCCAUGCUGGAGCCAGCCCUGCCCAUCUGGAUGAUGGAGACCAUGUGUUCCCACAAGUGGCAGCUGGGCGUUGCUUUCUUACCAGCUAGUAUUUCUUAUCUCCUUGGAACCAAUAUUUUUGGGAUCCUUGCGCACAAGAUGGGGAGGUGGCUUUGUGCUCUUCUAGGAAUGAUAAUUGUCGGAAUCAGCAUUUUAUGUAUUCCUCUUGCAAAAAACAUUUAUGGACUCAUAGCUCCCAACUUUGGAGUUGGUUUUGCAAUUGGCAUGGUGGAUUCGUCAAUGAUGCCCAUCAUGGGCUACCUGGUUGACCUGCGGCACGUGUCCGUCUAUGGGAGUGUGUAUGCCAUUGCCGAUGUAGCAUUUUGUAUGGGAUAUGCUAUAGGUCCUUCCGCUGGUGGGGCUAUCGCAAAGGCAAUUGGAUUUCCAUGGCUCAUGACAAUUAUUGGAAUAAUUGAUAUUCUUUUUGCUCCUCUCUGCUUUUUUCUCCGAAGUCCACCUGCCAAAGAAGAAAAAAUGGCUAUCCUCAUGGAUCACAACUGCCCCAUUAAAACAAAAAUGUAUACUCAGAAUAAUAUCCAGUCGUAUCCGAUAGACUUCUGAAAGUUGUUCACAUCAAUGUGAAAACAAAUUUUACAUGAAGAUGAAGAAGGAAUGAAAUUGUCUUCAAUCGUGUUAGGAAAACAGGUAAAAAUAAUAGGGUGGUCAGGGCACACCCCCUUUCACAGGCAGGAAAAAACCCAAACAUCUAAAAAUGUCUAUGUAACACUGUAUCACCUAGUGCUGUGUGAUGUAGUUUUUCUAAGCAUGACGACGUUGAUGUGCCUUUUCGAUGUGAUAGCAAGUACCGUGUUAGUGAACAUUGUUAGUUUACAUCGAGUUUUGUAUGAGAUAUGAAGAUAGUGUGGAAUGUCUCAAAUAACACUUGUUCAUUCUGUAGUUCUGUAAUCGUAAACAAAAACUACUUAAUGUCAGUUCUUUGUUAAGCUAAAAUUGUGCUCCUGUUAACUUGGAAGGACCCCUCAACCUUAUAAUUCUCUAAGAAAGUAGCUAAUACUUCCCAUUUUCUUUAUGAAGCUUUUUUUGUGGGGCUUUGAUCUGAAGUCUGGUUUUCAAGUGCAUGUGUUGGAAGCAAACAAGUGUCCUACUCGUGUAUUUGCGUUGGGCGACUUACACAAGGACUCUUCUUUGCUGGAGGCACUUCUAUGGCCAAAGUAAAAAGGCAGGAUUGUUCUCUACUUCUGUAGGGGAGAGCCUUAAAAAAGAAUGUGCUGCAAAUCAAUUCUCUUGCGGGGUUUGUGGUUCUCCUCACUCCCAAUACCAUGUACCUUAUCCCUCUUUUCUUUUUGCCUGCAAGGCUUCAGUCUCUUCAAGAAUGACUGGCAGCCAUGUCUGCUGGUGAUCCCUAGCGAUCAUAUAAAAGAUAUAUAUUUUUCAGAACUGUUUUGAGAGCAAAAGGUGUCAGUUGUAUCUGAAGGAGAAAAAAAUUGUAAGGUCUUUUAUAUGACUAGUAUUCUGGGGUUGGCAAGACUAUGAAAAGAGCAGCUUUUUUUUUUUUUUUUUAAUGUGUGUAUCAGAACAAAGAACACACAGCUCUCUGAACAUUUAUUUUUUGAGCAGAGGUGGUUUUUAUGUUUGUACCUGGCAAAGCAGAUACAAAAAGCUUAAUGAGGUAGUGAUGAAUAUUCAAUUCUUUCUUUUGACUGCUAAGUGUAUCCACCUACGUCAUGUUUUAGCUAGUUUACUUAAUAAAUCUUCUGAACACUACUGUGCCUGUUGUAUUCCUUU